UUUUGUUUCUGAGUAUCUUCUAUAGCUAUCCUAACGUAGAGAAUGCUGGAAUAUCUUCUUUUGUGCUAACCUAAACAAAACUUCUCACUCCUCUCCUCCCCUUAAAGGUCUCAGGGUUUGGUUUCCUUUUAUUGCCCUUCACCACGGAAUAAGAUUUUUGCUUUCUAGAUACUUGCAGGAAGAAGCAACUCUGUUCUAUGACUAUAAAUUCAUAGGAAUAUGGCAAGACAGUGUUUGAAGAUAGUCUUCUAGUUUCCAGGUGAAAUACUGUGACUAAAGACGUUAAUGUUGCCUGCUGCCAUGAUACUCAGUCGACCAGCAUUGAAAGCAGAUGAGAACCAGGCACCCUGUCCCUACUGCCUCUUCUGUCAUCUAAGCACCCCAGACUCUGCACUGACCUUGGAGGCAAAACCUUCAACUGAGGACUUAGGGGAUAAGAAGGAAGGAGAAUACAUUAAACUCAAAGUUAUUGGACAGGAUAGCAGUGAGAUACAUUUCAAAGUGAAAAUGACAACACAUCUCAAGAAACUCAAAGAGUCAUACUGUCAGAGACAGGGAGUUCCAAUGAAUUCACUCAGGUUUCUCUUUGAAGGUCAGAGAAUUGCUGAUAAUCAUACUCCAAAAGAACUUGGAAUGGAGGAAGAAGAUGUGAUUGAAGUUUAUCAGGAACAAACGGGGGGUCAUUCGAGGGUUUAGAUAAUUCUUUUUAUUUUUUUCCUUUUCCCUCAAUCCUUUUUUAUUUUUGAAAAUAGUUCUUUUGUAAUGUGGUGUUCAAAAUGAAAAUUGAAUACUGGCACUCCAUCUCUUUAGAACAUCUGGUAAUCUGAAUUCUAGUGUUCAAUAUUCAUUAUUGGUUGUUUUUGUUGUGCUGAUUUUUGGUGAUCAGACCUCAGCUCCCUUAAUAUUGCCCUUCUUAUUUUAAAAGAAUUCAUGUGUGCACAGAGAGGCCACUCUUUUCAGGACUGUGCAUUUUCAGGUUUGUGACGAUAAAAAGAACGACCAGUGGGAGCUUUUCUGUGACCUCCAAUUGGCCCUGAAGUUCUAGCAUGCAGUUGCUUCACUCCUGGACUGUGAUUUUCAGUGGGAGAUGGAAGUCUUUCAGAGAACUGAACUGUGGGAAAAUGACCUUUCCUCGGCUUGAAGCUACUUUUAAAAUCUGAGGGUCUGGACCAAAAGAAGAAUAUCACGUUUGUAGUCAAGAUAACAGAUACAGUGAGAGGAACAACUCACUCCAAAGAUGGCUUCACUGGAGAGAAAGCAAGCAUCCUAAGAGUCGAACAGGCAUCUGAAGAGCCCGGGAAAGCUGUCAUUUUCAUCAGCAGUUAGUGAUAAAGUUCCUCAUGCAGAGUGUAUGCAACAGACACUGCUCCUUUUGAUUCUGUUUGUACUUUGUGGCCUGGGACAUGGGUUUUCAAGGGACAUCGUCUGUACCAGCUUCAUUAAAAUAAACAAUAUUUGUAAAAACCGUA